AACAAUUUAUAACUUAUGUUACUUUCUUUGAUUGUUUAUUUAUAAAACCACUCUUCCUCUUCAAACUGUUCACUCAAAGAAAAACCCAUCAUACUGUGUGUCUGGUUUUCAGAAAAACAAAAGCUCCAAAAAGAAGGAAAAAAAAAAAAAGAAAAUGCCAAAGAAACUCCAAAAGACCUUCCAAGAUUACCUCUCCAAGAUCAAAAAACCAACCCCACAAAAUAUUUCUACUACUUUUUCUUCUUCCAAAAGUUUCAUUCUCUCAGGUUGCAAACACCAGCCUAAGACCUUAUCUUUUGCUAUCGAUCGCAAACAACAUGAUCAUCAAGAGGCUCGUGAAGACAGUGAUUCAGCAACACUCUCCGACAUCGAUCGGUUUCUCUUCGAAAACUUCAAGUCACUCUAUAUAAAAGACGACGAGGACAAAGAAGAAGAAAUCAAUAUCAACAAGAAGAAAAAGGGCAAUGAAGAACCACACCACGAAAAUGAAAACCAAGGUGGGUUUUUAUUCGAAUCUCCUAGGUUGGUGGACCCACCAACCGAUCUUUGCGGCUCCCACCGCUUUUUCGUUGCCCCUGUAUUAUCGAGCUCGCUUAUCGAGGAAAGCCGCCGGCUCAGUUUGACCACCAGCAGUUCCGAAUUCGACGUUGUAGUUUCAGGGGGUUCAGGGUCGAGCUCCUCAACAACCUCAACUGGAACCAUAAAUGAAUCAGCAUCAAUGGAUUCUAACCAUGCAACAACAAAAGAAGAUAAUAUUAUUGCAAAGGAAGUCUCGCUUCCCGAUAACUGCAUCGCCGUUUUGACGUAUUCGCCGUGCCCUCAGGACGAAUUUCGGCGAUCAAUGCAUGAAAUGAUUGAAGCAAGGCUAAGACACCAUCAGAAAGUUGAUUGGGUUUUCAUGGAAGAGCUUUUGUUUAGUUAUCUGAAUUUGAAUGAAAAAAAGUCCCACAAGUAUAUUCUCAGCGCUUUUGUGGAUUUGAUCGUGGUUUUACGUCAAAGAUCGAAUGAUAGGGUUCAGGCGGCGGCGAGAUCUCGGAAUGUUCGAAGCUCGAGAGAAAGGAGGAAGAAAGUGAGACAAGUAACGUAAGGAUUAAUCUGAUUGACCAUAGAUUUCAUCAAGGAAACAAAAAAAAAUAUAUAAAAAAAUUUAUUUAAUUAGACUGUUUUUAGUCUUAUCCUCCGUAGGCCUCACAUGCAAUCUGCAUGUAAAUUAUAUCAUUAAGCAUUUUUCAAGGAAAAUUUGAAUGCUUUUGUUUAUGAUUUAGGUUUUGUAGUUUUGUGGUUUUCGGUGAGAUUUCGUGGAUAUUAUGGUGGUCUUGUCGGUUGCUUGUUCCCUGGUGCUGCGGUAAAUUUUUCUGUUCUCCCUAAUGGGAAAGAAAUAAGCAAACAAUA